AUGUCGAUCGAUGUGACGCCAUCGCGCGUUGGACCACCGGGUCCUGAUCCCGCUCGUGGUGUCUAUUAUAAGCUGGCGUUCUUCAGCACAGCCUUGUUUGUGCUGCCCAUUGUCGCUUACUACUAUGCCAAGGACAGAUGGUUAGGGGGUGACGCUGUGUAUGCGGGAGGCCUUGCUGCAUUGGUGGCCAACCUUGUUCUAGCUGGCUACAUCGUUGCUGCAUGCCUGGAAGACGAUGGGACGCAGAGCCAAAGACGUGCGAAAAAGACACAAUAA